CAGCGCCCCGCGCCGCACCGUGGCAGCUCAACUUCGGCUAACUUGGAGGGGAUCUGCAGGAGCCUCCAUUCACCCCCACUUCUGGGGUCACUUCCCACUCUAUGAAUCAGCUAAACCCUGGCCAAGCCCUCUCUAAGACCAAGAUGUGAAUUUUCUGGGAGGAUCUUUGCUCUUGUUCCCCCGGAUAUGGGCAAAGUAUCCCACACCCUGGUUGGCUACAGAGCAAGAGAUAUAAUAAAUACAUAAGGUCCAAACCAAGCCACAACAAGGAAAAAGGAAGUUUUUUUUUAGGUAGUGGGACUCUCGUGUGACUUUCUUUACUUCUGCUAUAAUUGCCACGAUAUGAUCCAUUCAAUAAAUGAAGCUAUUAGAAAAUAUAAAACCUCUUUUGGAAAGUAUUUUAACAACAAUGUUAAAACUGAGGCCCAAGGAGGGGAAGGAAUGGACCUCGAGUCGCUGGACCCUACACACGGAACUCUGGGCUUCUGACGACCCACCCGAUCACCACUUGCAUGAGGGCAAGCAAAGCUCGCUGGGCCACUGAUCCCUUCUCCCUACGCAUACAGAAAAACUGAGGUCCUGCAAGCGUCUGGGGCCUAACCUAACCACGCCCCACUGCCAGCUUGGAGGAAGGAACGUCCACCUCUGACCCUACAGCGACGGGAGAUUAGUCAACUGCAAACUCCCAUAUCUCCGAGCCUCAGUUCCGCCGCGGAGAACUAAAGCCAGUGGUCCCUCCCUAAGAUUUACUCACCUUCCGAAGUGGAAGCAGGCAGGAGGCGGACCUUGAACGGAGACCUGGGGUACGUCGACCAAUCCGGAGAGCUCCAUUGCGCUUUGGGCGACCAACAGCUCCGGGCAUUAGGAUUCUGGACCCGCCUCAAAGGUGAGGUUCUCUCGCUUAGAACAUCGCGAGAUCUCACUUAAGUGGAGUAAUUGGUUGAAAGACCGAAAGACUGAACUUGAGAGAUACGCCCACUGUUUCAUUAGUUCCCUGAUUGGUCUUCUAGAAGAGAAGGCGGCCCACGUCCACGAGUUCCCUGGAUGCCCAUUGGUGAACGGUGUUGGACUGCCAGCGCGCUGGCGUCGGCGCGGGCGUUCGAACCGGCGCUUGGCGGCGUUACCAUGGGGGUGCGGCCUGGCGGCAGGCUCAAGCUAGUGAGCUGACAGCACGCCUCGGUCGCCCGCCUUGGGGCUCUUUGCUGUCAGCUUUUUCUCCUGUCUUCAGACAGAGGAGGAAUUUGGAAGCCUCCGAGAGUUUAUAGAAACCCAUUCACAAAAAUGACAUCCUGGUUAUAUGAAUGUCUUUGUGAAGCUGAACUAGCACAGUAUUAUCCUCAUUUUACUGCCCUUGGCCUUCAGAAAAUAGAUGAAUUAGCCAAUGUUACAAUGAAGGACUACUCCAAAUUGGGAGUCCAUGACAUGAACGACCGCAAACGUCUCUUCCAACUUAUCAAAAUCAUUAAGAUUAUGCAGGAAGAAGAUAAAGCAGUCAGUAGCCCAGAGUAUCCUCUACAGACAAGCAGUCUGUGCAUCAAGCCUCAGAAAUCUAGAUCUGGCCCUCGAAGGCAACUGCAUUUUGAUUCUCCUGCUGACAACAAAGACAGAACUACCAGCAGCAAUCAGUUUGAACUGUGCAAUUUAUCACAUUUAUCUGCAAGUGAACAAAAGUCUAGUUACCUAAAAGUACUAGAGCAUUUGCUACCAGAUGAUUCCCAGUACUGUACAAAAACAAGAAUUCUGAAUGCCACAGCUGCUGAUUCCUACCUACAAGAAGAAACUAACACUUCACUCUUUUCAUCAAAUCACUUUUCUCCAAUACAGGGAGAUUGUGAUAGUCCCGUUAUACGAAGAGUCUCUCAUGUUUCAGGGUAUAACUAUGGAAUCCCUCAUUCCUAUAUCAGCCAGAACACCUCAGAGAAAGAGAAUCCUUGGAAUGAGAUGGAGAAAAUCAGAGUUUGUGUUCGAAAACGCCCUCUGGGCAUGAGGGAGGUACGUCGUGGAGAAAUUAAUAUUAUUACUGUAGAAGACAAAGAAACUCUACUUGUUCAUGAGAAGAAAGAAGCAGUUGACCUCACACAAUAUAUUCUGCAGCAUGUUUUUUAUUUUGAUGAAGUCUUUGAUGAGGCGUGCACCAAUCAAGAUGUAUACAUGAAAACUACUCACCCACUCAUUCAGCAUAUUUUCAAUGGAGGCAAUGCCACUUGCUUCGCAUAUGGACAGACAGGUGCCGGAAAGACCUAUACCAUGAUAGGAACUCAUCAGAACCCAGGACUGUAUGCUCUGGCUGCCAAAGAUAUCUUCAGACAACUAGAAGUGUCCCAGCCAAGAAGGCACUGUUUUGUGUGGAUCAGCUUCUAUGAAAUCUACUGUGGACAGCUUUAUGACCUCCUAAAUAGAAGAAAAAGGCUCUUCGCAAGAGAAGAUAGCAAGCAUGUGGUACAGAUAGUGGGACUGCGAGAACUUCAGGUGGAUAGUGUGGAGCUUCUCUUAGAGGUGAUCUUGAAGGGCAGCAAGGAGCGCAGCACUGGGGCCACUGGAGUUAAUGCAGACUCCUCCCGCUCUCAUGCUAUCAUCCAAAUUCAGAUCAAAGAUUCAGCCAAGAGGACAUUUGGCAGGAUCUCUUUUAUUGACUUGGCUGGCAGUGAAAGAGCAGCAGAUGCCAGAGACUCAGAUAGACAGACAAAGAUGGAAGGUGCGGAAAUAAACCAGAGUCUUCUGGCUCUGAAGGAAUGUAUCCGUGCAUUGGAUCAGGAACACACUCACACUCCUUUCAGGCAAAGCAAAUUAACUCAGGUUCUGAAGGACUCUUUCAUUGGCAAUGCCAAAACCUGCAUGAUCGCCAACAUCUCGCCAAGCCAUGUGGCCACCGAACACACUCUGAAUACCUUGCGCUAUGCUGACCGGGUCAAAGAACUAAAGAAAGGCAUUAAAUGUUGCACUUCAGCUAGCAGUCGAAAUCGAACAUCUGGAAACUCUUCUCCAAAACGAAUUCAGAGCUCUCCUGUGGCCCUGCCAGGGGACAAGUGUUCUCCCAAAAAAGUCAAGCUGGGGCUCCAACAGUCACUCACAGUGGCACCUGACUCCACGAGAACGAAGGCCCAUCCUCUGGCCAGUCACCCAGCCAAUAUCCCUUUUGCUUCUGUACCUAAGGCUCCUGGUAAAAGGGGUGGCUCUAGAGGGAGUCCUCCCCAAGAGUGGGUCAUUCAAACUAGCUCUAUCAAAGGAACCAUGCGGCCUGGACAUUUAGCCAAAAAAGGGGCAGAAGAAUCAGCUGCAUCAUGCUCUGAGAAAAAUCCAAUCGGCAACAAAACUGCCCUCGGGUGGGGAAGCAGGGCCCCUGGCCCAGGAGAAGAAGCAGUCCGUGGUAAGCUGCCUUCCCGGUGCAAGAAGGUGCAGACUGUGCAGCCAGUGCAAAAGCAGCUUGUGUCACGAGUUGAACUCUCCUUUGGCAACGUCCAUCACUUAGUAGAGUACAGUCAGGGCAGCAAGGGGGGCACACCUACUAGGCCUGCCUCUGAAGCUUGGACAGACAUCCCUCCACAUCAGAAGGAGAGGGAAGAACAUUUGCGCUUCUAUCACCAGCAGUUCCAGCAGCCACCUCUCCUCCAACAGAAGUUAAAGCACCAACCACUGGAAAGGUUUUUAUGCCAGUCCCGGCCUCCAGAGGGGCAGCUCCAGAAUGACACCCCUCCUCCCUUCCACUCUUGUUGUGAGAGCCAUGAUGGAGCCCAAGCUGAGGACCUUGAUGACAGCGAUUUCAGUGAAGAUUCUUUUUCACAUGUUUCCUGUCAGAGGACCACAAAGCAGGGAAACACCCUGGAGAAUAGCGAAGGCUCGUUCUUCCUUCAUCAGAGGGAGCAAGGUCCUGAGGAACAGGUAGCCGAAAGGCGGCAGAGUCUGUGUUUUAGCCCCAGGACAGAAGGUGACGAGAAGGGUCUAACUGGAAGCUGGAUGUACUCCAGGGACCCCGCAAGCCACAGGAUAGCACUUGAUCACGGCCACAGCCCAAGUCAGGUGCCCUUGGACUGGAGCAGAGAGGAGGACUCCACCUCCUCAGGGCCUCCUCCUGGAGAAAACCUGGCAGAGAAGCCUUACUGCUCACAGGCAGACUUUGUAUAUAACCAGAAAAGGGGGGGCGGCCCAGCCUUUGACCUCAGACAGGAUGCCUUCAAAAAUGAGGUUCCUCGGCAGGCUGAGGGCAGCUCACCAUCCCUGGAGGAAGAUGGUUGCACUUUCUCACUAUCCCACAUCACAGUUCCUGGAUCCCCAGACCAAAGAGACACAGUGAGCACACCUCUGAGAGAAGUCAGUGAAGAUAGCCCAACUGUGGCAACCAGAACAAUGAAAAACAGUAACCCUUUCCAAGGAGAAGACUCUAGAGGGGAACUAGGCACAUGCUCUGAGCAUGCUUCUGAACUGAUGGCUCCCCUCACCAUGUCUCUCCUGGAGAGCCCAGAUGAUGAGGGCUCUCCUCCCUUGGAGCAGUCGGCCCAGGAUGGAGCUGCGCACAGUCUAGUGGCAGCAGACACAGGGGGGCAAGCUGUGGGCCACACAGUGUCAUCUGGUGAUCAAGAGGCAGACCUGCCAAUGUCUUCAGCAACUGAGCACCUGUGGCUCUCAUCAUCUCCCCCCGACAGUAAGCCUGGGGGUGAUCUUCCAGCUCUGUCCCUGUCACCCAUCCAUCAGCACCCACCUGACAAGCUGCCCAACAGGGAGGCUGACCUGGGGGAGCCCUGUCAAAGCAGAGAGACUGCACUCUUCUCCCAGGGGCACUAUGAUGGCGAUGCUGAGACAGAGCUGGGCUGCUCCCAGGGUUUCCCAGAAAAACCCUGCCUCACCAUACAUACUGAGGGACCCCACUCUGGGCCUACAUUCACCCCCCAAACAGGAAGUAGUGAUGUGGCUGACCAGCCCUGGGCCCAGGAGAGAAAGCACCUGGCAGGGCUUGGCUGGCAGGAGCUGGAUUUGUCCACAGAUCCCAUCAAGCUGUCUUGCUACAAUGAGGACAUCACGUGGCUCAAACGCAGGCCAAUCCCAAGGUACUUAGCAAGGCUAGGUUCUCCCAAGACUGCCAGGACACUCCGUCAGCCCAUCCUGGGGCACGCACAGCAGGUACUCAUCCGAGCACACCAGGAACAGCUGGAUGAAAUGGCCAAGCUGGGCUUCAAGGAGGAGACCCUGAUGAGCCAGCUGGCUCCUAAUGAUUUUGAAGAUUUUGUGACCCAGUUAGAUGAAAUCAUGGCUCUGAAGUCCAAGUGCAUCCAGAGUCUGAGGAGCCAGCUGCAGCUAUACCUGGCCUGCCACAGGCCAGCUGCGGCCCCUGAGAGGACAGCGGUGUCUUAGAACAAGAUCCAGUAUGUGGUGGCUGGGCUCUCAAGAGCUGGAGGGCCUCUGCCAGGUCCCCCUACAGAUAUCAGAACCCACUCCCUGGUCCUGCCCAUGCUAGCCUCUCCCUAGCCACAUGUGGCCUUGGCUGGGCCCCAGCCCCUCUCUCAGGGCCAAGCAUCCUUCCCUCAAUUCUAAGCACAGGAGCAUCUGUAAGGAAGGACAGAUCAGCCUGAAAAACUUAAUAGGCCCCUCCCUUUUCUUUGGGACUGGAGGAGGAUUUGCCUUUACUGACCCCUUGUCUGUGGAAACACAGUUAGGUCUAAUAACCCUGUAGAUGUUUCUAAAUUUGGGGAUCAGUGGAUGGGGGGAUGGUCAGUGGUAACCUAGAGGUUGUGUUGAGGUCACAAGCUAGGGAAGAUAACAUGCUGAGCCCAGAGGUUUUAUCUGCUGGAUUCUGUGCCUUUCUCCAGGACUUGGUCAAAAAUGAAAACAUUGGUGCUAGUGGGGCGGG